UGACUUGGCAGACGGUGCAGGACUCGCUCUUCCUCCGUCUUUCUCACCCUGCAGGCGCUCUCUCUUUAUCAUCAGCGUCUAGGCUUUUGUAAAGGUGUACCUGCAAAAUCUUGUGCCCUGGAUUCCUCAUGUUCGCCAUCAUGCUGCGGUUACCUGUGAUCCGUAAGACGUUAACAAGUGCUGCGCGCUCGACUAAAGAAUGCCUCAGAACAAAGAGUAUUGUUCGCUGCACAUCAACAGCAGCUGGCAACCUGGUGGAGGUGUUUGUUGAUGGCAAGCCAGUGAUGGUAGAGCCUGGAACCACUGUUCUACAGGCCUGUGAAAAAGUUGGCAUACAGAUUCCACGGUUUUGUUACCAUGACAGGCUCUCUGUUGCAGGAAAUUGCCGAAUGUGCUUGGUGGAGAUUGAAAGGGCACCCAAGCCUGUAGCUGCCUGUGCUAUGCCAGUAAUGAAGGGGUGGAAUAUCCUUACUAACUCAGAAAAAACCAAGAAAGCCAGGGAGGGUGUGAUGGAAUUUCUGCUGGCCAAUCACCCAUUGGACUGUCCCAUCUGUGACCAGGGAGGAGAAUGUGAUCUUCAGGAUCAGUCAAUGAUGUUUGGCAGUGAUCGGAGCAGAUUCAUGGAGGGAAAGAGGGCUGUGGAGGACAAGAACAUUGGGCCACUCGUGAAAACAAUCAUGACUCGGUGUAUUCACUGCACACGCUGUAUCAGGUUUGCCAGUGAAGUGGCAGGUGUGGAUGACUUGGGCACCACAGGAAGAGGAAAUGAAAUGCAGGUUGGGACAUACAUUGAGAAGAUGUUCAUGUCUGAAGUAUCAGGGAACAUCAUCGACCUCUGUCCAGUUGGAGCUUUGACAUCCAAGCCCUAUGCCUUCACUGCCCGGCCUUGGGAGACCAGGAAGACUGAGUCCAUUGACGUGAUGGACGCUGUUGGUAGCAACAUUGUCGUGAGCACACGCACUGGGGAGGUGAUGAGAAUCCUGCCAAGGUUAAAUGAGGAUGUGAAUGAGGAGUGGAUCUCUGAUAAGACCAGGUUUGCAUACGAUGGCCUUAAGCGACAACGAUUAACUGUCCCUUUGGUCAGGAACCCACAAGGGCAGCUGGUAUCUGCAUCUUGGGAGGAGGCAUUGAGUCAAAUUGCAGAAGUGUUACAGAAAGUGCAGAGUAAAGAGAUUGCUGCUAUUGCUGGAGGAAUGGUUGAUGCCGAGACUCUUGUGGCCCUAAAAGACUUGAUCAACAGAUUAAACAGUGAUGCGCUCUGCACCGAGGAGAUCUUUCCUAUGACUGGAGCUGGCACUGACUUGCGCUCCAAUUACUUGCUGAAUACCAGGAUUGCUGGAGUGGAAGAGGCUGACGUCCUGCUGCUGGUUGGCACCAACCCACGCUUUGAAGCCCCACUUUUCAAUGUUCGGAUCAGAAAGAGCUGGCUACACAAUGAUCUUCAAGUGGCAUUAGUUGGGGCAAACUUGGAUUUGAGUUAUUCCUACAAUCAUCUUGGAGAAUCUCCAAAGGUGUUACAGGAGAUUGCAUCAGGAAAACACCCUUUCAGUGAGGUCUUGAACAAAGCGAAGAAACCCAUGGUGGUCUUGGGAAGCUCAAUUCUGCAACGGCGGGAUGGGGCAGCAAUCCACACGACAGUCAGCACCAUCGCACAGAAUGCCCGAGUGGGUAGCGGAGCACCAGAUACCUGGAAAGUUUUAAAUGUUCUUCAGAGGGUUGCCAGUCAAGUAGCUGCGCUGGAUUUGGGAUACAAAGCUGGUGUUGAUUAUAUCCGUAAAAAUCCGCCCAAAGUACUUUUCCUCUUAGGAGCAGACAGUGGUUGUAUUACGCGACAGGAUCUUCCAAAGGACUGCUUUGUCAUUUAUCAAGGACAUCAUGGAGAUGUUGGAGCACCUAUGGCAGAUGUCGUUCUUCCCGGAGCUGCUUACACGGAAAAAACUGCUACCUAUGUCAACACAGAGGGCCGUGCCCAACAGACCAGAGUGGCUGUGACUGCUCCAGGCAUGGCGAGAGAGGACUGGCAAAUCAUCCGUGCAGUUUCUGAGGUGGCUGGUGUGACACUCCCAUAUGAUACUCUGGAUGAAGUCCGUGAGAGGCUGUCUGAGGUAUCUCCUAACCUGAUCUGUUAUGAUGACGUAGAAGAGGCCAACUUUUUCAAACAGGCAAAUGAACUUGCAAAGCUGGUGAAUCAGCAGAUGCUAACUGAGCCACUAAUACCACCCCAACUUACAAUUAAAGAUUUUUACAUGACUGAUCCAAUCAGCAGAGCUUCCCAGACGAUGGCAAAGUGCAUCAAAGCAGUUACAGAAGGAGUCAGUGCAGUAGAGGAACAUUCCAUCUGCUAAAGCACACUGGCAAAGUAACUUCAAACUAGCUGUGUUGUGCUGUUGUAUCUGAAUUCUGCAUGUCUAUGAAAAGCAGGCCUCCAGUGAACACUGAAUUGAAACCCAUCCAUAUACUUGUAGCAUUAUUAGCAAAGCUGGGUGCUAGUUAAUGCUUGGGGAAAAUGUACUUUUGCACUCAGCCAAUGCUCCUCUACAUCAAUGGUACAGUUAACAUCUCUUGUACAAUGUAAUAUAAUGUUCCACAAGAAAUUCAAAGACAAGUUGGGCUGUGGAAUAAGUUGUGAUUAUGUUGACUCUGUACUCAAAUCAUUUAAGAUUUUUGUGUUUAUAAAUCCUCAAAGGCAGAAGUAGUUCUUGUAUCACUUCUGCCAGGAUUUUACAGAAAAUAAAUCUAUAAUUAAAGGUUUCAAAGGUA